CAGUCGGCUUUCGUCGCCUCGUCGUCGCGUCGUCGUCAGUGAUCCUCAUCGUCGGUCGACCGCGGCGCGGUAACGCUGGUUUUAAACGCGGACGAUCGCGCGAACACCGCGCAAGAUCCCGAAGCGGCCAUCUCGCUCGCCGGAGUGAAACGACCGGAGCUGCGUCUCGACGCUUAUAGUCUCGGCGAGUGGGGGAUAAGAGAAGCGAAAGGAGCCGACGGAGCCGACGGAGCGGCGAGCAGUGGUCGAGAGAUCGACGCCGGGCGGCGGCCGGAGGGAGAGCUUGCAGAGCUUGCUGAGCCUUUGCAGAGCUUCCGGGGAGCUUGCGGCGAGGCUGACUUUACUCAGGAUCGGGGCGUCCGAGUGCCGAAAUGAUAAGACGCGCGGGAUUACAUCGCCGAUCGUUUAUCGCCGAGACGGAAUCGGGCAGCGGACGCAACUCGACUCGAGCCGUUUUUACAGCGACGAGGCCCGACGUACGACAGACGAAACAUCGUGACGGUUAGUCGCUGGCCCGUCGACGACGAGCCCCGGUGAGCAAGGCUGGUGGAUAAUUCGGAAAGCCAGGAAUCCACGACCGAGUGCAAGUGUGAGUGCAAGUGCCUGUGCAACGUGGGAAUAUUCCUCCUCCGCGUUCCUCUAUUUUCACCCAUCCGUCUAUACGCCUCUCGUCUGUUUAUCUCUCCGUCUCGCCGCCCGACACGAUUCUUCGGGGCGUAAUCAUCUUACCCGUGUCCACGACACGUUUGGCCGCGAAUCAUCGAUACCUGUAUAAUUUUCUCCCGACUUACAACGACAACGAGACGAUGAUUAUUAUCGUCCUCUUCGUCCUCACGUUUGCGAAGUAACCUGCGAUUUUAGUCGACGACCGUCCGUCUUCUCUCUCACCUGCACCUCGCGUGCGUUGUCGUUUUAUUUAUUUAUUUUUUUUUUUUUUUCUUUAUACUUCUUUCAUUUUUCUUCUUCGUUUUUUCCAUUUCAUUCACGCGCGUCGCGAAGAAAUGGAGUCGAGUGGAAACAAAGUAAAUUGUGCGUCGCAUCGCCAGCAACGAAGUACAGCAUACUGAUUCUUCGUACGGACGCGGAAGUGAUCGAGCGGCAAUAAAAGCGAGACGGAAGAGAGUUGCCGCCCGGAUUAUAUUAUAUCAUCGUCGAUCGCACAAUUAUCGUAGAUAUCGAUUACUUUCCGAACAUCGCCCGUCCCUGCGUGGGAGAUAGGUGUAGAGAAAGUUUCCCCCUUCGCAGCUCCGCUUCGCGCUCCUCGUCGAAAGAGGACGGAUAGUCCGACUCCGAGGUCUGACACGUGACGAGCGUUGGAUAGACGCUAGACGCUUUGCUAGGUGACUUUUGGGCAUUCGAAAGGCGAGUCAGGCACCCUGGGAUGGAGGGGCCGGUGCCGCAUUUGGAACAGGCCGCUUCGGCCGCCUGCACCAUGGCCACGAAUUUUUUGGCACCGGUUAAAACCGAGAGGCAAAUUUACGAAAAUUCUAUGCUCGAAGACGACCCCAACGCCAAUUCGGUCGUCCCGACAUCAUUCGAGGAUAGGACCGUCCCAAGGUGGGGGCCCAAUCACAAAGGGGCCCAGGAAUUGGCCAAUCUCUACAGUACAGGAAAGAGAACUCAGGAAUGCAUAUGCGUCGGUAUCUGCAUCACGCUUAUGAUGGUUAAUUUUUUAUUCAUAAUGGUACGAUUAAGAUUGGAAAAUCUAAGCGCCAUAGCGAUCGCCGCUAUUUGCGGUAUCGUCACCGCGGAUUUCGGCUCGGGACUCGUUCACUGGGCAGCCGACACGUGGGGAUCCAUCGAGCUACCGAUCCUCGGAAAGAAUUUUUUAAGACCGUUCAGAGAGCAUCACAUAGAUCCUACGAGCAUAACGAGGCACGAUUUUAUUGAGACGAACGGCGAUAAUUUCAUGGUGACGAUACCGUUUCUCUGUAAAUUAACGUGGGAUUUUCUAUCGCUACCAGAAACUGAAGUCCAACAAAGGUUUCUCUGGACUUGCUACUGGUUCUUACUCGCCAUAUUCGUCGCCAUGACAAAUCAGAUCCACAAAUGGUCGCACACGUAUUUCGGGCUGCCCGGAUGGGUGGUUUGGCUCCAAGACCACCGUAUAAUAUUGCCGCGAAGGCACCAUCGCGUGCACCACGUAGCCCCCCAUGAGACGUACUUUUGUAUAACGACGGGCUGGCUGAACUGGCCCUUGGAGAAAUUGUGCUUUUGGGCGAUCCUCGAGGCUGUCAUUGAAAAAUUGACCGGAUUCAAGCCGAGAGCCGACGACAUGAAAUGGGCCCAAAAACGGUCUUGAAAUCCGGAUAUAAUAAUUUACGAUAAUAUAUUUUAUGACAAACAACGUAUGGAUGAUAAUAAUAAUGAUAAUUAUAACAAUAAUAAUACAGUUUAUCGCGACCGCGUGCAGAACCAUCGAUCGAGGAUAUUUUCAUAAACGUAUACUUGCGUACCUGCGAACAAAACUAGCGGGAUAAUCUAGCGAACUGUGGAUUCGAAUGAUAAUUCAAUCCGCGGUAGGACGUGGGAUUGAUAAUGGUUCUUUUUUUUUCUCAUUCUUUUACCUCCUCUUUGUGAUUUAUCGAGCCUCGUAUAUCGCCAUGCGUGCACAGCACCCCCGCGAUUGUUACCUAACAAACGGCCGGUUUUUAAAUUUUUAUUCAAGUUGUUUCAAUGCACUUUAUUAAUAUCGAUACCGUUGAAUAUGUGUAUAUAUAUAUAUGUGAAGUUGCUAUUAUACAUCGUAUAUCACAUGUAUAUAUAUGUAUAUGAUGUAUAAUUGCAAGUUCACACAAUUAUGAAUUAAUUUGUCAUCGCUAUUAUAUGAGGCUAUAUGGAUCGAACUACGUAAUGCACGUUUCUAUAGAUGCAUACACGUAUGUUAUACCUAUAUACAUAUGGUAUGCGACUGUAGAUAUACCCAGAUGCGGGAGUAUAGGUAUGUAUACUGUUGUGUAUGAUAUACUGUCGUUAUAACGAUGCUUUACAGUUUUGUAAGAAAAAAAAAAAACAGAAGAAUUUCCACGCUUAUUAAUAAUUUAGGAAUAUUAUCUAAAUGAAUAAAUUUACAAAUGUAUCUGUAUAUUAUGAGUAUGGUAAUUUUUAACUAAAAUAAUACGACUGGCCUUAAAGGAACCCACGCGCUAUGAAUAAAACAAUAUAUACGAAGAAUAUACAAUAUAAGAGAUGAUUGAAUUUAAAAUCCACAGAUUGUCGGUGAAAAUUGUAGAAACAAAGAUGCCUAUUUAUGAAAAUAAUAUUAUUAUAAUUAUUACUGUUGUUGUCAUUCUGUGGAUUGAACACGCGAAUGAAAUUAAUAUAACUCGAAGCAUAUGUACCUACUCGUAUACUUUCAACAUUAAUAGAGCGAGGAAGAAUUUUAAUAAUUACUGUGUCAUUACUUGUUAUACGAUCGUUAACAAUCUAAAUCGGCUGUGCUAGCUGAAAGACGCGUUAAUGAUGAUAUUACCUAUACUAUACUAAAAAGAAUCGUCCACCAAAGCCUGUAUAAUAUAAUAUAUAAUUAUUUAAUAGACAGCUUUAAGUUUUGUACGUAAUAUUUGUACACAAUAUUUCAUAAGUAUGAUAUUCGCUAGUGCGGAAACAAUUAUUACGUUUAAACACAACACGUAGUAAUAUAUUGAAAGUGUAUAGAAAAAAAAAAAAAUCCCUGAACCUUCAUUGCGGAUAAUUUGCCGCGCUUUUCCUCAAUCGGUUGAAAUGAAAGUACAAUCAAAACUUUCCACUCUAUUGUUUCUAUUUUAUAAUGAAUGUUCACUCGCGAUGUUUUUCUGCAUUGCCCGUGUUGCAAAGGUCAGAAGAAUUGAAACAACAAAAAUCAAAAACAAUGCAAUAUGUACAAUUAGUUUGAAUACAGUUUGAUACUAUAGAUUUUUGAAAAACUUUUGCGUGCGUGCUUUUCACUUGCGUGCCAUAGAUUUUACACACUCACACAUAAUUUAUUAUAUACGUUUUACUGCGCGAUACGCGUUGUGCAAAAAAAAAAAAUAAAUAAAAAUGUAAAAAUACCUCGAAUAAUUUGUUACAAUUAAAGAAUACAAUAACGCUUACCGACAAUACAAGUUUCUUACACGUAAAGUGAAAAAAAAAGGUAACUUGUAUUGUUGAUGCUUUGUUAAUUUAUUGUAUACAUUUUAAUAUUAUUAAAUAACUUGUGCCCAAGAUUCCAAUAACAACUAAAGUUUUAGCGUAAGAAGAGAACAUUCUGUAAGGUUCAGGGACCAAAGAUUACAAAAGAACCUAUAAUAUAUGCUUAUCAUUGCGACAUGGUUUUCAAAACUAAAUGAUAGAGAACAAAUGUUAAUAAGCCUAGAUUUGAAUAUAUUGAUUAUUAAAAGGAAACAGACAGGAUCGAUCGAAAUAUUUUUUCGUGUAAUAAAACCUACUACCGAUAAGCUUUAAACUGAAAUAUUAUUGAAAACUGUGGCUCAUUGUCAUAUAAUGCCUUAUCUAAAGCGUAGGAUCCUAUAACCUACAAUCAUGCGUGGACGGAAAAUUUCGUUCACUAUUUUCUAUACUAAUUUUUGCUAAAAGGAAUUGUAUGCCUGAACGGAAUAAAUAUACGUUUAUAGCUUUGCGCAAAGACAUGUGAAACACAUACCUGAGAAAUGUUACCAUCUAAGCAUCUGACCUAAUCAGAUUUUUGUAAAACUAUUGCACAUGCCCUAUAAUGAUGCGUUUACAGUAUUCAAAUUUUCAGUAUAAACUGCUGUUUAGGUAUAUUCUUGCACUGUGCAACGUGAACUAAAGUAGGUGAUAGAAAAUGAAGCAACUGAUGUUAUAGGAUUUUCACACCUACUUAUGCAAGUGACGAACGAUAUGAAUCGAUGUAGGCAUAUAUAUGAAUAAAUAGAAUUUUAUUCCGAAACCGAGGUAAAGGAAGAUAUUUAUUUCCAGAAUUUAUAUAAUGAACGUCCAGCAGCAAGCAGCGUGUGAUAAAUUCCGCACGGCCUUCAGGCUUUUGAACUUUAGAAAUUUCGAGUCCUCAACAAUCAAUCAUAACUGUACAUAGGCAUACCUGCGUAUUAUUAUAAUAAACAACUUGCAGCGUUAGACGUAAGACAGAGUUAAUUUUUAUUAGAAGCAGUCGUAGAAUAACGUUAUAUCUUGUGAUACUGUCAAUUUUAUACACCUGAUUUUUACGAUGAUACCAAGAUUUAUAUAGAUAGAUAUAAAUGCAACACGCAAUAAUUACCCUUAUAUUAAUUUGUUCCUGUAGAGAAAUUUUGGUAUUUCACUCUUACGUUAACAUAUAUAUUAUAUGUAUAUAAGUGAUUUUUAACUUAUUGCACCCGGAUUAAUUGUACGAUUUAAUUUCUUGUCUUUAUUAAAGAAAAUAGCAACAGAA